ACUAAUUAAAUUAUUUUGAAUCUUAUUUCAAUAAGUUUAGAAUUUACGUUACCUUAUUUUGAUACCACGAUGCCGCGACGUGCCGCAGGAUGACGCGACACGCCGCAGGAUGCGGCGGUAUGACGUGGCACGCCAUUGCAUCCCGUGAGACAUAUGGGUCAUUUUUGGAUCGAGGAAUUAUGAUUGCUAGCUAGUUGAAAUAAGGUUGAAACUUGUGCAGCAUUUCGAUGGGGCGCAUUCCGGUCGGUGCGCGGGGGCAAGGGAGGAGAAAACGCACUGGCGCGCGCGAUUUUUUCUCUCACACUGACUGAGCGUGGCAAGUAAAUUAGCACGUGCGUACGCGAUACAGUAAAUUACUUCACGUAAAAUACGGGAAAAUGGAUGAAGAGAAAUUGAUUAAUCUGGUUCGUUCGCAUGAGUGUAUAUACGAUGUCUCCUCUCGUUUCUACAUGGAUCAACAUAUGAAAAGGAACGCAUGGCAGAAAAUUGCAGAAGAAAUGAAUAAAACCCAUGAAGAAUGUCAGAAGGCAUGGAGCUGCCUUCGUAACAAUUAUAGAAAAGCCUUAAAAAACAGGGUGUCCAAAAGCGGUGACGCUGCCAAAAAGAGGCGACCAAUUAAAUUUGAAAAGGAACUUGAAUUUCUGCAAAAGUUUUUUCAAGACAGACCUCAGCUCUCAAAUUUAGACUCUUCUUCCGACGAUACACAGCUUUCCGAAGAUACGCAGAAUAUCGAAAAUACACAACCUCCCAAAACAGCAUCAACUGUUAAUUUUCCCGAAGCACAAUCGCCUGUAUCUCAAAUGUCGUGUUCAUCCCAUGCAUCAGAUUCUAGACCAGCUAGACAUGUUCGUCAGCGAUCAUACAUGUCAUCGCAAACACAGUAUACAGAAACAACAGCAGAAAUAUUAAAAAAAUACAUUGAAAACCAAAAGAAGGAACAACAUCCUAUGGAGAUAUAUUUUCAAGCAAUGGCGGCAACAGCGAAGACUUUGUCACCAAAAUUACAAGCUGAAAUAAAACGCGAUGUUUUACGUAUUGUUACUGAUGCAGAAAUAAAGCAUUUGGAAAAUGUGGAGUUAAGUUCAGUUGUGCAGCGAAGUCGUCCUUCGACAUCAAGUUCAGGAUUCGAUAUUUCAAAUGAAUUUCAUUCAUCUCAGCAAUACGCACCAACUUCUGUUGCCAGAACCCAUAAUACAACUAUCGAAAGAAGAAAUCCUUUACACAAUUUUUCUUCAUUUAAUAAGCCCGAACAACAAUAUAACACCGAACCAAACUAUGGUACUACUCAUAUAGAAUACAUACCUACUCCUAUAUCCAGACAUCAACAUAAUAGUGAUAUAUAUGACAAUAACUCCAAUAUUCAAUUGCCGGAUUAUGAAAACUAA